AUGGAGAACAAAGCAUACAUGAGACAUCAGCGUAUACAUAGUGCACAUGUUUUAUUGGAUGAGAAGUGGACUGCAAAGAUAGCUAGCUUUUGGCUUUUCAAAUUCGAUUCAUGUCGUACUACAUUUUUCCGGGAUGAAAGCCUUGUUGAAGACGACAUUCCUUCGCUUGGAGUAAUUUUAUUUGAGAUCCUUACUGGGAGGUUGGCCUUUGAUCCGGUAUACAAGAUAGAAAGUGUCGAAGGUCUUAAAUCGGUCGCACGAAGACACUUCAAUGAAGGAACGCUAAAGAAUAUUGCAGAUCCUAACUUAUUGGAAGAAGCUCAAGAAUGGAGUUAUACUCUCAAAAAAGGACCCAAUCAAGAUUCUUUUGACACAUUUUCCAAAAUCACAUAUCAAUGUUUGGAAAAAACUCCAAGCAAGCGUCCUACAUUGGAAGAUGUCAUCGAGUCCCUUGAGGAAGCGUUACACUUCCAAGUGCCCUUCGAACACUUGAGGAUUCCACUUAAUGUUAUACUCUUGGCCACAAACAAUUUUGACGAAAAAUAUCUUCUUGGGUCAGGCGGAUACGGUGAAGUGUAUAAAGCAGAGCUCAAUGAUUUUAAUAUUAAAAGUUCCUUGGCAACAAAACUGAAGAGUGAAGAUGGACAUCCUAAACUGCCCAACACUGUGGCUAUAAAGCGCAUCUUCCAUAGAGAAGAUAGUCAAGGAAAAGAAGGGUUCCUUGCCGAACUUGAAGUGCUUAGUAAAUGUGAGCAUCGUAAUAUAGUCUCUCUUCUAGGAUUUUGUGUUGAAGGUAGUGAAAUGCUUCUUGUCUAUGAGCAUGUUUCUAAUGGAAGUUUGGAUGAUUAUUUGGGAAGCAUAGAUAAGAUGGUUAAUCUUACUUGGACACAACGUCUAAAAAUCUGCAUUGAGAUAGCCGAAGGAUUGAACUACCUGCACACAACAAUGGAAGACAAAAAAAGGAUAAUUCAUCGUGAUAUAAAAAGCGACAAUAUUCUAUUGGGCGAGAAUUGGGAGGCCAAGAUUGCUGACUUUGGGCUCUCUAAGAUUCAGCUGAAUCAACACGAUAGCACCAUCAACACAAAUCAUAUUGCAGGCACAAAUGUUUACUUGGAUCCAGAAUAUGCUAAGACAUGUAAGUUAAAAAUAGUGUCAGAUAUUUACUCGUUUGGAGUUGUUUUAUUUGAGAUCUUCUCAGGGAAGCUGGCCUAUGAUUCCAAUUUCAUGAAGGAAAAUGAAAAGGGGCUUGCACCUGUCAUACGAAGACACUUCAAAAAGGGAACACUAAAGGAAAUGUUAGAUCCGGAAAUACUGGAAAAUGCUUUUGAACUCGGUUUUACUGGAAAAGUAGGACCUGAUCAUGAUUCUUUGAAAGAAUUUUUAAAAAUUGCAUAUCCAUGUAUAGCAAAAAUUCAAGCCCAUCGUCCUCAAACAACUGAAGUUGUCAUCAAGGGACUUAAGUCAUCAUUAGCCUUCCAAAAACGUUGA